AUGGUAGAGGACGAAGAUAUGGGAGAAGAAAUCGGGAUUCAGGAAACGAAAGUAAGUAAAGACGAUAACGACGAGGGCUACGAGGACAUGGAGUCGAGUGAGGCGGUCAGUGUUUUGACGAACGAGAACGCCAGGACAGCGGACAUCGGGGCACUGUGCCAAUGUGGAGCGCCAGAGCUGCGUCUCUCGGGGUCAGCGAAAUCAAAUAAAAACAGCUAA